GGCAGCGAUUCCCGGAGCGAUUCCUGGCUGCGAUGUUCCGCCGUCCUCCGCGCAACUUCCGCGGCCGGCGGCGCGCAGCCUCCAGCGGCAGCAGUGAAGGCGAACCGGAGCCGGAGCCGCAGCCCCAGCCCGAGCCGGAGCCGGCCGCAGCCCCGUCCCCGGACUCCGGCGCCAGCUCGCCCUCGGAGCGGGAAGCGGAGCCUCCGGAGGCCGAGGGCGAUCCCGGCGCGGAGGGGCCGCUGCCCUCGGAGGAGCCGGCCCGCAGCCCCCGCGGCCGGGCGCGCAGAGCCGGGGCGGGCACGGGCCCGGGGCAGCGCCGAGCCGCGGGCGCAGCGGGGCCGGGCCGGGCCGGGAAGGAGCUGCUGAGCUUCGGCGGCGAGGAGGAGCGGGAAGGCGAAGAGUUUUUUAAAGUUAAAAAGCCAUCCUUCAACGAAGUAACCUUUAGAAUUAAAAAGAAGGAAAGCUUACUGCCUUCACAGACAGAAGCUGAAGAAAGCAAAAAAAUCUGUCAGUUGGAGCCUGGAGGUGGCAACACCAAAGAUACUUGUAAAGAGGAUGAGGACAAUGAGGAUGAAACUUAUUCUUCACUGAAUGAAGAUUACAACAGCUCAGACUCUGAAAAUGAAUCCAGCUCUCCACAGAGGAGGGAGGAUUUAUCACCAGGCAAUAUCCCCAGUGCAGCUCACGUUGAGGCUGCUCGGAGGAAGCGUCACUUAGCCAGGACAGAGGCUGAUUAUCUUGCCCUGGAUGUUUCAAACAGUCCUCAGGUCCCUCAGAGAAGAGGAAGCAGUGAUUUGGACAGUGAAGAUGAGUCUGAAGCAAAGAAUCUCGAUUUUGCUCCUAAAAUGAGAACUCUUAGGCAGAGGAUGACUGAAGACAUGGUGUCUCUGGGUGAUGCAUCAAGUGACGAUGAAGCCAAGUGGGAAGAACAGCAAAUAAAGAAAGCUGUUAAACUCUCUCAGGAAAUUUGUGAUGAUGCUUCUGUGCGUAAAUAUCAGCCAACCAAACCCAAGUUUGAUACCUCUGUUUCUCUACCACCUGUGAAUUUGGAAAUUGUGAAGAAGAGACUGACUGAAAGGAUAACAUCCUUACAGGAUGUGCACCGUGCCCACCAGAGAGAGUAUGAAAAAUAUAUGGAGGAUAUUGAGAGCUCAAAGAUGUCUGUCCAGGAGCUGGAGAAGUCUUCAGAUGCAGCUCUGAAUUACAAAUUCUACAGGACCAUGAAAACAUACGUAGAAAACUUGAUAAACUGUUUGAAUGAAAAACUGAAGGACAUUAAUGAACUGGAAUGGGCUGUGCAUGCCCUUCUUCAGCAACGAGCCGUGAGAGUAUCGAAGCGAAGGCAAGAGGAGCUGAAAAAUGAAUCUGCUUAUAUUCAGCAUCUGACAAGUGGGAAUGACAAACCAGUGAAAAGCAAAUCGGAAGGUGAUGAGAAGACACAGGUUCUGGAAAUGUGUGAGCAUCGAAGGGCUUGCAGGCGGCAGGCGAGGGAGCAGUCAGGAGAAGGAGAUCACCACGAGGGCCUGUCGAGUGAUGAGGAGCUGACUCCCACAGAGGUGGAAGAGUUCCAGAAGAGCAAAGAUAACGUUUUAGAGGAUAGUAGGAAAAUCUUUGAAGAUGUACAUGCAGAUUUUUGUGACAUCAGAAAAAUCCUGUUGAAAUUCCAGGAAUGGAAAGAGAAGUUUCCUGACUCUUACUGUGAUGCUUACAUCAGUUUCUGCCUGCCUAAGCUAUUAAACCCGUUGAUCAGAGUUCAGUUAAUAAGUUGGAAUCCUCUUGAGAAUUUUACAGAGUUGGAAGAGAUGCCCUGGUUCAGAGCUAUAGGAGAAUUCAGUGAUGCAGAAAAUGUAUCUGAAUCAAAAAGAGAUGAUGAUCAUGAUAAAGAAGUUUUGCCUCGAGUGAUUGAAAAAACUGUUCUUCCCAAAAUUACAGCAUUUGUGAAGAGUGUGUGGGAUCCUUUAUCUACUUCACAGACAAAGAACCUUGUACAGCUUUGCAAUAACAUCUUUGGAAAACAAAUCUUUUCCAAAAAUGAGUCCAGCCGAGCAAGAGAGGAUUUGAUGAACACGGUUGUCCUAAGAAUGAAGAAGUCUGUAGAGGAAGAUGUCUUUAUUCCUCUGUAUCCUAAAAGCACUGUGGAAGACAAGUCAUCACUACGUUCAAAAUUUCAAGAAAGACGGUUUUGGUCAGCUGUUAAGCUGCUCUCCAAUGUUGUUCUUUGGGAUGGGAUUGUCCAGGAAGACAAGGUCCGUGAUCUGGGACUGAGCAAGUUGCUGAAUCGUUACCUUCUCCUGAACAUCCUAAACACACCACUAGGGCUGGACAAUAUCGAAAAGUGUAAUAAGGUGGUUGCAUGCCUCCCAGAAAGAUGGUUCCAGGAUCUCAAGGGUGGAUCAACUCUCCCUGAAUUACUGAACUUCAGCCAGCACUUGCUGCAGUGUGCCCGUGUGCUACACAAGGACAACCACAGUGAUGAAACAAAAGAAGUUCUUCUCCUGCUGGUGAAAAUUGGAGCUUUGCACAUUGUAGAAGACUUCAUUGAAGAGCAUAAGCUUGAACACCUUAAAGCAAUGAUUGGGAAAUAGAAACCUUUGAAGGAAUGCUUACAUUACUGAAACAAGCCUGGUAUUCACAUUAAACCAGUUCUAAUAUGCAAUUUAAUUAGUGAAUCCUGCCUACUCAGAGGAAGUGGUAAUCACUAUCUUGGUGUUAAAUACAGGAGGUAUUUUUUCAAAAUGUCCUUUAUUGCCAUCUACUCCUAGAUUAUUUAGAGUAUUUAGAUUAGAUUAUAUAGAGUAUUUAGACUAGAUUAUAUAGAGUAUUUAGAAGUCGCAGUUGUCAAAGCAAUGGUUCAGGCAUUCUGAAAUGUGUGGCAGUGCAUCACUGCUGUAUCCUUCUUGGAAGGAAUCCUGCAAACAGAAAGUACCUGUGAACUUCAUCACUGCUAGCCAGUAGACAACGUUGACAGGUUAUUUUCAGUAUUAAUUGCCAAAUACCAUUCAGACUCAGCAGUCACUGAGCUCUUCUGACUUGUGGUCCACAGUGAUUUUUGGCAGGGUUAUUGUUAAGCCAUUCCUAGUGAAAAGGAUUCAUGAUGCCCCUGAUACAGAAACAAGGGGGGUCGGUGUGCAGGUAAGGAAUCAGGAUUUUCAUCACAGACAUUGUGAUGAUGAGAAGAACAGAACAACUUCAGUUUCUUUCUAGUAACUGGAGUUCUAGAAAUCUCCCUUUGCUUCUCAGUAAGUUCUACAAAACUUUACUUCUUCAUAUUCUUAUUAAGAUAUUAUUUCAAAUGUUUUGUAAUUUUGUAUAUUUGCAAUAAAUAUUGUUACAGAAUAACAGGGAUGUUUCAUUGUAAAAACUGUAAUGCAUCACAGAAUCUAUAUGUUUGUGACUAUUUCUCCAAAAUCUUCUGGGAAUAGAAUUUAACUCUUGUAGACUUAAUCCUUAUGCUUUCUUUUUAUAUUUUUUGUAAAUUAAAAAUAUAUUUUUGUAAAAUAUUUUAAUUGUAAAUAGGUUCAAUCAGUAUUACAGACAAAAGAUUAAAAAUAAUUUUUUUUUUAAAUAAAAUAUUUUACUGUGGUAAUGACUCUUACAGCUCAAUUCUUUAAUGUGUGACAGAAUGUUAUUAAUAUAUGUGAAAAAAUAGCCCCUCCAGCUCCACUAACUUACAGCAGCUUCAGGAUUUCUAAUAAUCAGUUUAGCUCUGCUGUUUUUCCUCUUAGAAUGCCAACAAAAAUGCAACUGCUGAUCAGCAAUCACCACAAGCUCAUGAUCUCAUUGCUUUUCUCUUGUUCUGCUUUGCCUCAUCCCAGCUUGUCUCUAGCCCCAGCCUUGUGCUAUGA